CUUACUUGGUGAUUUUUAUUUUAUAUUGAGUGCGCUUUAGGACGCUGUCCAGAGCUUUGGUUUUGGGAAUUGAAAUGACCAGCACUCGUGGGGACGAUGUCCUCAGACUAUCCGACUCGUCGGAUACUGAAUUUUCUGGUUUCGACAUUGUCGACACGCCAUACGUUGCUCAAACAAUUGAUGUUUGUACAGACGAUGUCUGUACAGAAAAACGACAUAAAAGUCCGGUGAAAGGGAAAAAGAUUGUAAAAUCCUCUAAAAAAUCCAAACCUGAAAGUAAAAAGAAACCUAAACCGGAUUCGCAAAAGCCUUCAUGUUCGAAAAGUAAAAAACAAACUAUGGACUUAAAUAAUUUGUCUUCUGAAGACCUUUUGGUAUUGAAACAAAAGCUUGGUUUAGUUGCCGAGCAAUCUGACAGAAGACCAUUUUAUGACAGACCCAAUAUUCACGUCUCAAUUGAUAGAGAUGACAUUUCGGACAAUGAACAUAUUUCGGAUAAUGAACACAUUUCGGACAAUGAACAUGGCUCUAGUGUGGCAAGGAAAAUUUGUAAUGAACUUUUUUCCAAUAGUGAUUCUGACGAGGAAUGGUCGCCUCCCAAAACCAAAGCAAUGGAGAAGGGUCAACAUAUUGCUGAUUCCCUUGCUAAUAUGAUUAAUUUAGCUUGUAGUACACCUUGUGACAUUGAGGGAAUUGUUUCUAAAUAUAAAAUUCCUGGGAACCUUGACAAAGCCUGCCCUCCUAUUGUUAAUGCCGAGGUGUGGCGUAUAAUGGAUAGAAAAGGCCAUGCCUCAGAUAAGGGGCUGCAAGAUGUGCAGGCAAUUUUGACUGCUGCUAUGGUUCCCAUUAUCAAGCUGGCAGAAACAGUUAAAAAGUCAAAUGUUAAAGUUCAAUGCAAGGAAUAUAUUGCAGAUGCCCUUACUCUAAUGGGUCAAGUGCAAUACAAUAUUUCUGUUAAACGCAGAUAUGGUAUUAGGCCACACCUGAAUAAAAAGUAUGCAUCACUAUGCAAUGUUAGUAUGCCAAUCACUACCAAGUUGUUUGGAGAUGAUGUUACAAAAGACCUGAAAGCCUGUGACUCAAUGUUUAAUAUAGGAUCAGGAAAACCAUGGUGGAAGUCAAAGACUCUACGUCCAACUCACAGGCCAUACAGAGGCAGUUCCAAUUAUUCAAAUUAUGGUGGCGCUGGUGUAGGCCGUUUCCAACCAUACCCACAGAGAGGCGGGCGACCUUUUCGAAGGGGUCUCUCAGGUGGCAGUUUUCGAGGACGAGGUGGAUACGGCCAAUCCCCAAGUGGAAAAUAGAUCGAUGGUAGACUUCCAAGACAUCGAGACAUCCUGACAUUACCACACAAUGGACAAGUUCACCCGUUGUCAAAGAGACUCGACUUGGUCGCGGCAGUUGUAUCGGGGAGGCCCUCCGUUGUAGAGGACUUUCAUCAGAGACUACAACCAUCAUCUUGGCUGCCUGGAGAAGAGGAACUCUCAAACAGUAUGAUUCUGCAUGGCGGAAGUGGAUGUCUUGGUGUAUGUGCAGGGAAACUUCUCCCUUUAACUCAUCUGAAGUAACUGUACUUCAAUACUUGGAGCAUUUAAGGUCUAUUAACAAGUCAUACUCUGUAUUGAACACUCAUAAAUCAAUGUUAAUGCAAACAUUACCCUUUUUUGGAAAUAAGUGGUGUAAAGACUGUUUUUUAAUUCAGAAAUUUAUGAAGGGAGUUUUUCAUUCUCGUC